AUGGUAUCAGAGCCAAUUGCUUUUGAUGCAACAUCAGAAAUCCCUCUCAGCUCUUCCUCUCUUCCAAUAGUGAAGGCCAUUAGGCAAGAGGUCUCCAUCAAAUUACUCUCCACAAAUUACCUCCCCUGGCGCACGCAAGUUCUUCCUGUUCUCAGUUCUCAUGGUCUUAUUGGACUUGUGGACGGAACUCUUCCUCGACCUGAUGGUGAUGAUGAAUCGUCAGAAGUAGCUCAAUGGAUUCGACUCGAUCAAUUGGUGCUAGCAUGGCUCACCAAUAUCCUCUCUAAAUCGUCCGUCAAUCAAGUUGGUACUUGUGCGACCUCUGCAGAGGCUAAAUCUCUUGCUCAAAUCCUUGCUAGCGCUGACAAACCAGUUGAUGAAGAUGAUCUUAUCUCAUGGAUCCUGCUCGGCCUUAGGUCUGAAUUCGAUCUUAUUGUUGCUACUGUCAACAUCUCACGAGAGCCUCUUCCAGUCGAUGAGGUCAUUGUUCUAUUGCUGGAUUUUGAGCUCUGCAUCAAAUCCACAAAGAUAACCACCGAUCCACUUGUGGCCAUGUUUACUACUCGAGGUCGAGGGCGCACCAACUCUGGUGGUCGCUCGGCUCAUGGCAAUGCAGGUCGUAGAUCCUUCUCCUCUGGCAAUUGGGAUCGUGGAUCUUUCUCCCCUAGUGGUCACGGCAGUGUUAGCCAUCUUCAACCCAUGCUGAUGCAUGGUGGUCAUCAUGGACCUUCACGUGGAAUGUCUCGUGGUGGUCGUGGCUCUAGUCGUCCCAAUGCUUCAACGGUUGGAGAUUCCUCUAGAGUCUACUGUUUUCGAUGUGGUCACCCCUACCACAAAGCAAACAAUUGUUUCGCUCCGGACUCUAUUGUAGCUGAUACAACUCAGGCCUUCACCGCCAUGCAUCUCGCUGAUCAAAUGAUCAUGCAUGGUACCCAGACACGGGUGCCAUAA